UGAUCUUACGAACGUCCAUGGCUGUCAGGGCUACAGAAAGACUACCUUCUGGUAACAACAACGAAGCAAGCUCAUGGAGCUUCUCUUUUGUGGCAUAGACUUUCACAAGCAGAUAUCCAGGUGGUAAAACUGUACCUACUUGACCAGUCUAGAUAAAUUAGGCGUACCAUUGAAUGGCCAUGUCGCCAAACUCAACAGAUGACCAACUUCAAAACAGAACAGACACCGGCCAUUCAAUAGAAGAACUGUUCUUUAGCGCCUCAUCCGACUUAGGAUCGGACAUUGAUGACGAAUUGUUCUUCGAGGCGGAAACUGACCUCGUACAAUCGUUAGAGCAAGUGUUGGAGACUGAAGUUUUACUAAGGGCAGCACAUAUCGGAGAGGAUGAUGGAGAAGUGUGUCUCGGUGGUGCUCCGAGAGAUUGUAAGCUAGAAAAGGAUCCUGACCUCGAAUCGCCACUGUCAUCCGUUGAUAAUUUUCCUUCGGUGUCAGAUAGUGGAUACCUAGCGGACAGUGAUUCGAGUAUUAGAACCUCGGCGGUCGGAUCGUCUACAGAUUUUCCCGACGCAGGGGGCGAUACAGGUGUGCUCGCUAGUGUCACGCAACUUGAGACCAUUUCGGAAGAAACUGGCUUUGAUGAUGGGGUAGGGCUUCUGAAUCAAGACGAACGCCGCUUAGAUCAAGACUCCUUUCAGAGUGUAAGUAAGACUACGGUCAGGCUAAAUAAGCGAAGCGUUGUUAGAACGCUUGAAGGCUCGAGUUCUGUUGAGCUGAGUAGCCGUCUCUGGAUAGCACCAUUAACUGGCAGCGAAGCAGACAGAUCAAUCACGCUCACUUCAUCGUCCAAUGCCAGUGAACAAAAUGAAGUUCUUGCAUCUGCCAGUGAUCAGAUGAAGCUGGAUGAUAGCCUAACACAACGGGUCACACGAAAUUCUGCUGGGCAUUUGGCCCUUACAGAGCAAAGUGAUGCCCGAUAUAGUAGAAACCCGAGCCCCUAUAGGCGCAUAUCCGAGCAGCUGUCCACUGACAGCGAUUCGGAGACAUAUUCUUUGACGUGCAUGUAGUUCGCGGUCGUAUUUCGUAUAUACUCAUACACGGGCUAGAGGCUUCUCAUCAGCAUAUUGGAAAUCUAAUGGCAGAUACUACGAAACGGGCAGUAGAUCUUCAAACAGAGCUCUUCCAGAUGGCAGCCCCAACAUCUCAGAAAUGACCGAGGUAAAUGUAACGUAAGCGUUAGAGUAGCCACGGGAAAAAUCCCGAUUUCUUUCGAUCACGCAUAUGCCUUUUUGUUCUAAACUGGUUCGAAACGCUCGCCAAAACGAACGCUCGUAAGUACGUUAUUCCAUCGCCUGUAUGGACUGAACCAGCAUCUGAUUUGCACACUCCCUAUAAAGCUAAGAAUACUAAAUUAAGUAUUCCGCAGUUAACAAAUAUACCGUAGUACAGUCACAGAUGUAGAAAAGGUUUGAGUUCGAUUCCUGUUUGUCGCGGUACAUAGCACAAUUGUGUGCUUUUCUAUUAGUGUCACAUAAAUGCUUUAAGUUUUUCAUGGCGGGUCAACAACCUUAAGGUUAAAUUCAAUUAUAACCGUAAGUGUUAAGACUGAGCCAGUUUUCCCUUAUUGCGAUGGUGAUAGCACUGGGCAAUUGAUACAAAAGUCAUAACGAUGUCAGCAGAAUAGGUUUGUACUAUCGGACACAUCAGGUAUGGUUGUACACGGUUUUCCUCGGUAACGAUUAAACUGUUCGACCAAAAUAGUCCGACUUCUUCAAAUUCUUCUACAAGAAACACUGAUGGGCAGAAUCCCCGUGACAGAUAUUAUCGUAACUGUACUUGCGAGCGGUAAUUGUAGGAACUCUAAACUAAAUUGGUGUUCCAGUAAUAUCGUUACGUCUAGCCUUUUAAAUUAGAGCCGUGUAAGUCAAAUUCCAUUGGCAUUUGGGGAUCCUGUAGUUCAUAUAGGGAGAAGGCUAUGUCUAUCCACACACAUAUGAAAAAAACAUGACAAAAUGACUAGUACAACAUGGGCCUAUAUUCGUAACAAGUUAGGUGACACAGCGGGCGGUUCGUUUAACCUGUGUGCAAUUACUAACAUAUCCUUUAGUGCGAAUAGUUGCAAUCUAUUGCAAAACUUUAUAAGCCCCCGCAGAGCGUGAGAAUGACCGACUAGAAAUGAAGUUAAUCGAAACAAUGCCCAUUAAUUUCCUGUUUGCGAUUUGGCGUAUGUUUCAGCAUUUCUGCAAGCUAUCCUCAAAGAGGGAAAGACCUCGAAGCUAAAAAGAUUUUCUUGUAAGCAUAUUAGCUAUCUAAUACAUAUAUCUCUAAUGGUCGCAGAAUAAAAGCUGCAGAAUACGAAUUUUUAAACUAAGCGAAUAUUAGUUAACUUUUAUUGCGACGCACUAAUACUCUAAUUGGUGUUCACUACUAGUUCUCUAAAAUAACUUAAGACUUUAUGAGGAACGUUAUACUUUUACACGCCUAAUUGUCUUUCAUACAGUGUCACUUAUAUAGAAUACAUUUCCCUCGUACGCUUAUUUUUUAUUAGACCUUGACGUGAGAUAAGGACAUGCACAAGGAGAUACUAGUUAGGGUUCAUUUCAGGGUUGCUGCUCGGGUGUAUCGCACGAUGCUGGCGUUCAUGGUAAACCUGUCAGUCACUAGCGCCUUAGGGCAUCUAUUUUAUUCAACAUCGAUUUCAUAUUGUUUUCUUUUUCAGAUCAAUGAGCUGACAAUUCAAGCGGACGACUGACGCGCCAAACUCGUGAAGCCGUCUAUGAAGAAGACUUCCGAGCAGGUCUAACGCUUUGAAUUUUUUUUGCAAUUACUAGUAUUUGUUCUGCAAUAUAUAUUUGGUGGCAUAAAAUUGCAUGAACGAUUCGUUAGUACUACACACAUCAAAAUCGGCUCUAUGAUUCCCGUUACUGGCAUCAAUGCUAGCCAAACGCAUCACCUUGAUCAUUCGAUCCGCUGUAAUCUCGAACCAGUUGCUUCCCAAGUCGUCCACAAAACUAAGGACAAAGAUCCGUCAGAUUACGUCGGUCUGAAGGACUUUUAUUGCCUUGCGCCAAAAAAAAAGGACAUUUGCGGUUCGCGCAUUUUGUUUUGACGUCUAAUAUUGCCAAUACUUUCGAAUGUUGUUAAUGACGUUCGACAGCAAAUAUGCCCCGUAAUGGUAUUAAUAGUUAUUAUCAUAUUCUAGUUG